CGAUGGCUGGGACCAGGCACCUUAGCAAGAGUUUGGAUGCCUUGCAGGGACUUUUCGGGAGCGGGUUGCGUCCGCGCUUUCCAAGGGAUUCACGGAUCAUCCCCACUAUGGUUCACUGGAGAUGUUUAAGCUCUAGAAGUUUCUUUGGUCCUCUAAUUAUGAAUUCCUGCUCUUUCCUGGAUUCCAGAUCAAUUAUGAGAAAGCAGGUUCGGCCCUUCCUCAAUCUUGCAGCCCCACUACUUGGUGCCAAGCGUAUGGAAUACAUUGAAACCCGUCAACUCCCGUACUCUGUGGACCAGAUGUAUGACGUUGUAGCCGAUGUUGGCAGCUACCAGCUCUUUGUUCCCUGGUGCAACUGCUCCCGCAUAAUUUCCCAUCGCAAAGAAGUCUUCAAGGCUGAACUGGAAGUGGGAUUUCCUCCUGUGGUUGAGCGCUAUGUUUCGGAGAUCUCUUCAGUGCCUCAUUGCCAGAUCCGGGCUGUGAGUAAAGAUGGGCGGUUAUUUCGGCAUCUGGAGACACUGUGGCAAUUUAAGCCAGGAAACACGGGACGGCUGGAUUCCUGCACACUCAAAUUUUAUGUCUCCUUUGAAUUCAAGUCCACUCUCCAUUCGCAACUGGCUAAUCUUUUCUUUAAUGAAGUAGUCAAGCAGAUGGUCUCGGCCUUUGAACGGAGAGCUGAGAAGCUGUACAGCACUCAAACGCCAGCUCAGCCAUUCAAGGCAAUUGACUGCACAUGACGAUGGUCUUAGAAAUCCUGACAUUUGAGUCCCCCUUCCUGAUCUCAAAGAGCACAGCCUACUUUUUGCUCAUAUCUGUAUCAUUUCUUGGAUGUUUUUAAUUCAUGGACAUGACUUUAUUUAUGGCUUAUUUGCCUCACAAAACAA